AAUACCUUCCCUCUCUUUCUGAUAUUUAAAAAUCUAUUAGUUUUUUUUUUACUCAUCUUGAAGGAGCAUCUCUGAUUACAAGCAGAACAUUGUACAAACCUAUAAAAGAGGCAUUAGGACCCUGCAGCUGAGGAUUAUGGAGAGAGUAAGUGCUGGCAGAGACAGAUGAAUGAGCUAAACACAAGACAAACAAAAGAAGGGACCCAGGAGUUGACUCUAGUAGAGAGACAGGGAGAGAUGGUCAGAUAAAUGACCAGGAGGCUGAAGAGAGACAAAGUGACAGAUCAAGAUCCAGUGACUGAUAUCAGGAGGAGUGCACAAACUUCAAGAAGAGGAGGAGUCUGGUAUGAGAAGAAGCUAAAAAGAGUGGAGCGCGAAAAGGAGACCUUCAAAACAGAGUGAUCCUUUCUGAGUGGCCACUGACAUAGAUGUGGAAUAAACUGGAAUCUGGCAAAGAGGACCUCAACUGGCAAAAAAAAAUUCAUCACUGAAGGAAUUACCGAAAAUAUAAACACAAGGAACUGUGCAAAGGCACCAAGGAGAGCAGAAGACAAUCAAACAUUAUUAAAAACAGAAAGAAGACGUGGAGAUACCACCAACAGAGAGAGUAUACUGCACACAGGGUUUAUCACAGGUAAUCACACCGCAGCUGAGCAACAGACAUUAACCAUCAACAAAUACACUCACAAACACACACACACACACACACACAGACACUCACAAACACACACACACAGACACAAACACAGACACAAACACACACACACACACACACACACACACACACACACAUUCAUUUAUGAAAUACACACCAUUGUGAUUGUAACACAUAUGCUUAACAACUCUAGCUUAGAGAGUUUAGACUGUAGUCAGGAGGCAUAGGGAAUCUUGGCUGUCACAGGGCACGGAUUGACUGUGAAUGGGUAGAAGCAUGGUGAGGCCCUGCGCACAUCUCUCAUGGCACUCUGAACACUCUGUCCACCAAAAUAUGAACUGAUCUAAGAACAGAUGUCUUCCCUAUGUCAGAAAUCACCCCGGGAAUUAAAGUAGAACAUUAGUAGGCAUCUUUGCCAAAUCAAGAGCCACUAUACCUAGAGGACUCUUCCCAAAGAGUAUUUACGCUUUGAAGAAGCAGCACUCUGAUUUCUCACCUCCACUCUUGGAUAUCCUUUUGAACUAAGGAACGAUUCCAUCGUGUUACCCACAGGACGUUUGGUCACUUCUCUCUGUUGGAAUGGAAAUUGUGCACUGAGUUGAGUGAGUUAGAAGUUCACCUACACUGCACAGACACUGCAGCAUGAAGCUCAGGCAUGGGGCAAGAGGGGCACUACUGGCGUUGCUGCUGAGUUUACUGCUGUCUACCUGCACCACACAAGAGAGUGAGGAGAGUCUGGAGCUCCAAGAGGAAAACAAUACAGUCAGCACUGAGAGCCCUUCCAACAAUGAUGGGAAUAAGAAACCAAAAGGAAAUAAAAGACUCUCCAAGCAUGGCCUUCCAGGUCCACCAGGCCCUCCUGGUCCCCAGGGGCCUCCUGGUCCUCCGGGCCCCCUACUGCCUCAUCAUGCAGAGUUGAUAAAGGACUUCCAAGUCAAACUAAAAGAUAUGGUAGGAACUCACUGCCUGCUCUGCGAUCAAACCCCUCGUGUGGCCACAGCUUUCCGUUGCCGACUGCAUCACAACCUGUUGGUCCACCGUCGCAGUCUGCAGGAGCUACAGCCUUUCAACGAUCCCUCAAACACAGAGCAGUUCCAUCAGAGGGGACAGGGUUUUAAUGCCAGCAGUGGCCGGUACACAGCUCCAGUAUCUGGGUUCUAUCAGCUCACAGCUAGUCUGCUACUGGAAUCCAAUGAGUCUCAGAAGAAGCCUCAUGCCAGGCAGAGGGACAGUGUUAAGGCCUCUAUAUGCAUAGAAUCUCUUUGUCAGAGUAAUGUGUCUUUAGAGACAGUGACUGGAGUGAGUGCAACAGGGGGACUAUUCAGUAUUCUCCUUACCGGGACUCUUUACCUACAGGCUGGAGAGUAUGUAUCUAUUCUUAUUGACAAUGGGACAGGCUCAGCCCUCACAAUUCUCCAAGAGAGUCUGUUUUCUGGCAUUCUUAUUGGAGUAUGAGGACACAAACAAAACACAAACCAAUGACUACAAAGAAACCCAUUUUCACAGUGACGACAAAAUACAUAUCUUUAUUAGGUAAGGUAUUCAGGACAUAUUAAUUUCAUAAGAGGGAGGACUCUUUUCAAGCACCUAAAAGAGACUCUAUGUAUUACCAUUGUUGCAAAGGGCAGCAGGAUUGCACUGCUAUUUCUUUCCUAAAUAAUAGCAACAUUUAAACUCUGUUUUUAGAGGUGUAUGUAUUUUUUCAUGUGGUAUGUUUAUGCAUUCCAUUCUUGAACUGGGCUUAAGUUUUAUUUAUUUGCAUUUGCUUUUUGAAAGGAUAUUGAUGUUUGUGUAUAUUUGCAAUAAACUGCUUCCAUAAAUGCUGAAA